AUGAAAAAAAUAUUUCAAAUUAGUAAGAGAUUUAUUUAUUGGCCACCAAAAAAUAAGAUAAGGACAUUAAAAUUUCCUUCUGGUAAAAAAUGUUUCAUAUUUGUGGGUAAAAGUGAUGAGGAUGGAAAAGAUGAACCAGUAUUAUGUUUUGUUGACAACCAGAAUCAUAAAUUGACAUGGAUGAAUGAAGAAGAAGUUUUAAAUUUUGAAAAACUGAUGCCUAGACUCGAUAGUUACUUUUCAUUAUAUUUAGAAAAAGCAAAAAAAGUUAAAGAACAAAAUUUGUUAUUAAAUGAAGAGUUAAACAAAUCUUUUCAUGAAUAA